CUAUUUAUUUAUAUUUUCCGAAAUUUGAGCGUGUUCGAAAAAUGUGCACGUCUGAGUCUUAAAAAUAGGUUUAAGUAAAGUUUGCAUACUUUGUAUUCUUUUGUAAUUUGUUAUUGCUAGUUUCCAAUAAUUUAUAUUAAAAUGGCUACUAAAUCUGUGUUAUCUGAGCAUUAUGAAAAAGGAGAAGUGACCGUUAAAGAUAAAGAUCCGAAAGCUGAUUUCAAACAUUUGCCUGAAAAUAUCUUGGUAGUGAGAGUGAAACGAGGCAGCAAAGUCAAGAAUAUAAUGGGAUUUGUUGAAAAAACUCUUAAGGAUGAAAAUAACAGGCAGUUAGUAUUUUCUGGUUGUGGAGAUGCUAUUGAAAAGACAAUAACUUGUGUUGAAAUCACUAAAACAAAAUUUAAAGGUUUACAUCAAAUUACUAAACUAAGUGUUCUGAGUGUUCUGGAAUUUUGGGAACCAAAGCAACCUGAGCUUGACAGGUUACAAGUCACUAGAGAAAUACCUACUGUAUCUAUUUUACUUUCUAAGGACCAAUUAGAUUCAAAUGAACUUGGCUAUCAAGCUCCUAGUAGUAAAGAUAAGUCUCCAAAGAAAAGUUUUAAAAGAAAGAAAACAGACCAGAGGCCCAAAAAUCAGGCAGAAGGUGAGAAUUCUGUGAGAGAAAAAGUUGUUGAAGCAGAAACAUGAUUCAGAAAACUGAAUUUUGAAGAUUCCUGCACUAUAAAAAAUGUUUUUAGACUCAUGUUUUUGAGUAUGUACAUAAUUUAUACAUAUGAUACAUAUGUAAAUAAAGCAUUUAAUUACACA